UGGUGGUGUGAGAGGAGGAGCGAGGGGCCGCCACAGUAGUACUGGCCUCAGUGUCGUGGCUGGUGCAUGCCACACCUCUUCACCACCGUGUACAAAUGCGCCUCCUUAACCCUCAGUGAGCGGCCUUGUAAGACGCCCAGGGAGGAGCCCAAGGACUCCAAUACCCACUUCGCCAUGCCCAAGGCGGACUUCCACACGGUGGAGCUGAACAAGACGGAGUGGGAGGUGCCCAGGAGGUACUCCAUGCUCUCCCCCGUCGGCUCCGGGGCCUACGGACAAGUUUGUUCAGCCAUGGAUUCUAAAACACAUACUAAAGUAGCAAUAAAGAAAUUGGCUCGGCCAUUCCAGACACACAUUCACGCUAAGAGAACAUACCGUGAGCUACGCAUGUUGAAGCACAUGGACCAUGAAAAUAUAAUUGGCCUUCUCGACGUCUUCACACCCUCCACCUCCUACGAGGACUUCCAAGAUGUAUACUUAGUAACAUCUUUAAUGGGAGCUGACCUCAACAAUAUCGUCAAAACACAGAAACUUACCGAUGACCAUGUUCAAUUUCUUAUAUACCAAGUUCUUCGCGGCCUCAAGUACAUUCAUUCGGCAGGUAUUAUUCACAGGGACUUGAAGCCAAGCAAUAUAGCUGUAAAUGAGGAUUGUGAAUUGAAAAUUUUAGACUUUGGUUUGGCAAGACCAACCGAGUCUGAGAUGACGGGUUACGUAGCAACCAGGUGGUACCGUGCACCAGAGAUAAUGCUUAAUUGGAUGCACUACAAUCAGACAGUUGACAUAUGGUCGGUGGGAUGCAUCAUGGCAGAGCUUCUAACAGGGAGAACGCUGUUCCCUGGUGCUGACCACAUUGACCAAUUAACGCGCAUCCUUGUCAUCGCUGGAACGCCUGAUGAAGAAACUCUCUCUAAAAUCACCAGUGAUGAGGCACGAAACUACAUUCGUUCACUGCCUCAAAUGAGGAAGAAGGACUUCCGGCAAGUUUUUAGGGGAGCCAAUCCUCUUGCUGUGGACUUGCUAGAGAAAAUGCUUGAGCUGGACAGUGAGCGGCGGGUAACAGCGGUACAGGCACUUUCACAUCCAUAUCUAGCUCAGUAUGCAGACCCGACGGAUGAACCCGAUAGUGAACCUUAUGAUCAGAGCUUUGAGGACAUGGAAUUACCAACAGAGAAGUGGAAAGAAUUGGUGUAUAAGGAGGUGACCAACUUCACACCAAAGCCUACAGUAAUUGCUGAGGAAGCAGAGAAAGCCCAAUCUGCAGCCAAAUGAGGGAUAUAAACUAGUGGGAGCUACGUCAGGCUUUUUAAUAUACAAGGAAUGUUUAUUACAUUCUGCUUAAGAUUUACUCUACCAAUAAAUGUUAGAAGUUACCAUUAGGUAAUUUCACAGGAUCAUUCUCAGGAGAGUAUGGAUUUUAAACAUUUUCUUGAGGGUAUAAAAACCACUGACUAAGAUUCUCUAUAUAUUUCUUGUAUUUUAUUAAUAUUAAUAGAUAGAAAAAGUGACAAACACAGGACUUCUUAAUUCAGGAACUAGCAUUGCUCAUUUGUUACCAUGAACCUCCAAGAUGUAGUUGUGUGUUUAACGGAGAGUGCAGUUUGAGAGGAAACAUGAUCAAAUGGAGCUCAAAGACAGAAGCAGACUCUUAAGAUGACUCUUGUCUGAGAGGACUAUAUCAUCUCUAUCAGAGGUAGACAAUACUAUCUGCUUAUGAAGUGGAAAUUAGGCCAAGUCAAAGUAGACAGAGCUGGAAGCAUGCCAGGGGUUUGUCAUGAACAGAAAAUUAACACAUACUGUAAUUUAUGCCUAUAGCAAGUUUGAGAAACAUGACAUUUCCAAUGCCAAUUUGUUUGCCAGACUACAAAUUUUAUACAUUUUCUUCCAAAUUUUGCUUUUUUGUUUGAUCAUUUAAGUAUACCAUUCUUAAGUUUUGCUGAUCUGUGUGAUAGAAACAUUGUUAUGCUGUGGACAUGAGAUACAUACUUGCAUUCAUAAAUCUUUGCAUCUAUGUUUACAAAUGUCAGUUGCUACAAGAUGUUUUGUACAGGCUUGCUGUGAUGAAUACGUUGCUUUGUUUUAUUUUUGAUGAAAUUUCAGAUUAUUGAGGAUGCUUGGUAUACAGUUGUGUUGCUGUGCAUGAUGUGCUAGGAGUAAAUGAUAACAAGUGCAUUUUGAAAAAUAUUGAUAUCUUUCUCAUUGUGGUUGAUACUCAGUGCCCUCAUGGCUCUGGAGUCAUUUUAAUACUUUGCAUUCUGUGGUGGUGAAAAUCCAACAGCGGCUAUUUUCAGCCACAUUGGAGUUACCUCAAACGAACUUGCAGACACUGCCUCUAAGGAAGUCAUUUGUAUUUGCAACAUUUCCCAGAAUAGGAUUCCUUAAUCGGAUUUCUACCUAGUCAUGCAUUCUGUAAUCCAUGACCAUUGGCAGGAUUGUUGGGUUUGAAUUACAGGUAACAAACUGUGUGCUCAUAAAAAUGACUUAUCUCCUUGGCCUUCUUCCUACCACCAUAAUAGGUGAUAGGGAAAUGGCUCUGGAUAAGUUGCACAUCAUUCACACUCGCUUAAUUUGUAGGUACUUAAUGGAACAAUAGUCUGCCUUCUUUUGUCUGAACUCUUAUUAUCCCAUUCGUCGUGCACCAUGUACAAUGUCUCGGUUUUCAUGAUUGUUUGCUUUGCUUUCCUGUGUCCCUUCAGGGUAUCUAAUCCUUCAAUGGAAUCUUUGGUGAAUCCGACACCUUCGAUGUCUUUUUGCCUUGUAUCCUUUUGUUCUCGUAUUUGCAUUCUGAGUGAUAUUUAGCAUCCUUUGAAUAUUUUGCGACACAGAUGGUGCUACAUAGUCUUCCCGGCUAAGUGCCUUCUUUUGAUACUUACUUACCUGAAAGAUACUGGUUUUCCUUUGUUAGGACAAGAAGCCUUUAUUCAGGCUUAUUGAGAUCCUCCUUCCUUGGCCAACUACUCACCUUCCCCAAAAUACUACCCAGAAAAUAAACAAAUCCACAAGGGCAGUGAUGAGGGUUCGAACAAUAGAACCCUUAUCACGUCCCUCGUGGAUUUGUUCAUUUGAUGCAUCACGCUAUUGUGAUUUCUGUGUGCAACCCAGAAAAGUUGUCUAACUCCCAGGUACCUAUUUACUGAUAGAUAAACAUGCAUUAGGGGAAAAGGGAACAUGCCCAGCUAUCUGUGCUGCCUGGUAAUUGAACCCAAGACUCAUGGUUAUGAGGUCACAAUGUAGAACACUGCUGCAGUGGCCUACUAAUGUGUGUGUUUUAUAGGAAGAAAAUUUUUUUCUUCUUAUUUUACAGAAAAUAAGAAGCCAUUUUGGAAAGAGGUUUGAGUUUUUAAGUUGAGUUGUGUGUUUUAAGCAUAAAAGUAUACGUGAUGUAUGGUAAUGUGCAAGUAAUGUAAGUGCAGAAAAGAUAGUAUAAUUGAUCAUGUCCUUGCAGAGACGCAUGCUAAAGAAUGAGAUUUUCCUGAUCACACGAUAGUGUUACUCAAGAUAAGUUUUAAUUGUAAAUGGUGGAUGGUGCAACACCGAUUCAAAAUGUGAGCACGAAAACGAGAAUUGAUAGAGAUCUAUGUGUAAAAGCCCUUAAUCAAAUGAAUCUCGAUAUCAUGUGGAAGGUACACAAAGAAUGUUUAGUUAUGAAAUCUUUGCUGGUGUGAGGUGUUGCACAAACUGGUAUAAAAAUUAGAGGAAUAUCUUUGUGGAACAAUAUGGUGACAAGGAAAAUUGAUUCUGUGGAUUCAAAUAAAGGGAUAAAGAGAGGCAAGAUAAGAGUUCAUUUAAUUUGGAUUGAAAUUUCAUGAAAACUAGAAAAUAGGAAGCCAUUUUGGAAAGAGGUUUGAGUUUUUAGCAAAAACACUGAUGGAAAAGUUAAUGGAAAAAUAAAGAUACUGUAUAUGGAAGAAUGUUGAGUAGUAAGGAUAUUAAAAGGUGGAUAUUUUGCCUCCCACCUCAUGAAAGUGGGAAAUAGUUUAGUAAUGAUAUGUACUGUACAGUAUUGUAAUUUUAAAAUUCUUCAUGCUUAAUUCCUCUUAUGUUCUCAGAUCUGUCUAGUCUGAUUUUGUAAUUUUUUCCCUUUUGAUAAGCAGCUAGUUUCAUAUAUCUUAGAUCUGAUAAAGCUCUUUCAUGGAAAAUGCCAUCUUAAAGUCUGCUUCUAGUUUAGAGGAAACAGUGCAAGUUUUAUAGCUGUGUUUAAUAUUAGUACAGUACUUAUAAUUUCCAAUGAAUUGUAAUUCCGUACAACACAACAUCUCGGCUUAAGAUGAUCAUGAUGACUUUAUAUUUCAGUUGAGGGAAAGGUGACGUCAAAGACAAAAAUUGUAAAAACUCUCAAUUUAAAUGAGUAAAUAAUUCGUGUAAUAAUGAU